CAAAUUGAAGAGAUGGACCAAGCUUCGUUCAACAUUGACAUGAUGCAAGGUUGGAAGAAGCGAAAGGAGCGUGGCUGGAGUCAACUCGGUCCGCUCGGCAAGUUGCAUAAUACUGCUAUCCAUAUUAGAGCCAACGAUUACAGGUAUAAUCUCUUUCGGAGGCGUGCCGGCAAAGUCCUCGGGCUCGACAACGAUACGCGCUGGAACUCAUGGUUUCUCCUGCUCGAUGCCGCUCUUGAUAAGGAGGAGCAUAUCAAGUGGUAUCAGGACAAGUACUACGACGCCCUUGUGGACGACUACUUAGCACCA